UCAACCUUUUUUCAACUUAUUUCUAGCCAUGGAUCGCUUAAUCAGGAAACGUAGUUCCAUGAAAGCAAAGCUUACUUCCUUUUCUAAUUAUUUAGAAAUUCUAGAUAGUUGUACCUCUUUGUCAGAUUUACAAGCCACAGAACUACAAGGUCGUUUAAGUAAGAUAGAAAGCUUAUACGAUGAAUUCGAUCAGUUGCAGGUGGAGAUUGAGCUGUUGUCGGAGGAUACUGACGAGGCAUUUGCGGCCCGGGAAGCUUUCGAGCAAGCUUAUCAUAGACUCGUCGCUACGGGAACCUGAUAUUCCUUCUGAGUUCGCCAACGAAGGUAUAGAAUUUUCUUUUGUACCUCCUUAUACUCCGCACUUCAAUGGGAUCGCCGAGGCUGCUGUCAAAUCGACAAAACACCAUUUAAAACGAUUGCUACAGCAAACGCACUUUACUUAUGAGGAGCUAGCCACAUGUUUAACUCAAAUAGAGGCAGUCUUAAAUUCCCGUCCCCUCACUCCUCUCUCGUCAGACCCUCACGAUUUUUCCGUCCUUACCCCCGCUCAUUUCCUCAUCGGACGCUCGCUCACAUCUGUGCCUCAAGCACGGGCCCCAGAUGGAAACAUUACAAGCCUUCAGCGUUACCAGCGAGUGGCCCGCAUAAAGGAUCAUUUUUGGACUCGUUUCCAAUUAGAGUAUAUUUCUACAUUACAGAAAAAGACCAAGUGGCACACUUCCCAUGGUGCCAUAUCAGUGGGCACGCUCGUGCUCAUCAGGGACAAGGAUGUCCCACCUCUCUGCUGGCUCUUGGGCAGAGUCGUCCACCUGCAUCCCGGCGCCGACGGUGUCACCAGGGUGGCUGACAUCAAUACCCGGAAGGGUAUCAUCAGGAGGGCCUUCAACGCCAUCUGCCCUCUUCCUAUUGAAGACACUUCAAGGCGGGGAGCAUGUUCGCGCCCUUAGCGCAAACAACAGCGCGACUGUGUUCGCGGCCUUAGCGGGCCCUGGCGGGGCGCGCGGGGCGCGGCUCGCGGACCCCACUCACCUCACGCUGCGCGGGCGCAGCUACCACUCUUCAUCGGGCCGACUCGACAGCUAGUCGUUACCAAUUGCUUAUUAACUUAUAUCAAAAUAUACACGUCAGAUACA